AUGAAUGGAAGUCUAGAUCAAUAUCACGUUUUCCGCGUAUUUCAGCAGAAUUUUAUUGUUGAUAAGCGGUUUCAACUGAUUAAAGGUCUAGGCCAGGGUGCAUAUGGUAUUGUUUGCUCUGCAAAGUACUUAGACGGAGACGAGGGGGAAGAUAAAGUGGCUAUUAAAAAGAUCACAAACAUUUUUAGCAAGAAGAUUCUCUGUAAAAGAGCGCUUAGAGAAAUCAAACUUCUACGCCAUUUUCGUGGGCAUAAAAAUAUUACUUGUUUAUACGAUCUAGAUAUUGUUCCAGAUGCAAACGGGAACUUCAAUGAAGUUUACUUAUACGAGGAGUUGAUGGAGUGUGAUAUGCACCAAAUCAUACGCUCAGGACAACCUUUAACAGACGCACAUUUUCAAUCCUUUAUUUACCAAACACUAUGUGGAUUGAAAUAUAUACAUUCGGCAGAUGUUCUUCAUAGAGAUUUGAAGCCUGGAAACUUACUUGUUAAUGCCGACUGUGAGUUAAAGAUUUGUGAUUUUGGGCUUGCGAGAGGUUAUUCCAGUGAUCCAACCAAAAAUAAUGGCUUCAUGACAGAAUAUGUUGCAACCAGAUGGUACCGUGCUCCUGAAAUUAUCUUAAGUUUUCAAGGAUACACGAAAGCUAUUGAUAUGUGGUCUGCGGGAUGUAUUUUGGCAGAACUACUUGGAAGGCGUACAAUUUUUAAAGGAAAGGACUAUGUUGAUCAGCUAAAUCAAAUACUGAGGGUUUUGGGCACACCUGAUGAGAAAACCAUAGAAAAUAUCAAAUCACCAAGGGCGAGGGCGUAUAUUCGGUCUCUACCUUAUAUGCCAAGAAUUCCAUUUGAAACUCUCUAUCCAGAUGCAUCCCCUCUAGCUUUAGAUCUUUUGAGCAAACUUUUAACCCUGGAUCCAAAGACAAGAAUUACAGCCGAGCAAGCAUUAGAGCACCCUUACUUGGAAGUAUGGCAUGAUCCAAACGACGAACCUGUUUGUCCACGUAAAUUUGACUUUUCAUUUGAGUCUGUGGAUGAUAUUCAUGAUAUGAAGAAGAUGAUAGUGGAUGAAGUUGCAGGAUUUAGAGAAUAUGUCAGAAAACCAUUGGAGGAACAGGAGCGAAUAUAUCAAGAGGAACAACAAAGAGAGGAACAAGUUAACCAGACAAGUUUACAGCAACAGCAACAACAUUCGGACUUUGAAAGAACGCAACAGAACUUUCAGAUUCAAUCUCCUCAGGAAACUAUCCAGGAGUCACCUGGAAUCAUGUCUCCAAGAGCCACAUUUGCUUCGCCGGAAGCUACACCUCAGGUAGAUUUACACGAACAUCCAUCAAUGCAAGGAUCAUUACGGACACCAACUGGUGCAUAUUCAAAUGACCCAGAUAUACCACCAAGACCAGAAGAAGCCACCGAUGAUGGCGAAAUGGAUCUAGAGCAUGAUUUAGUAUUUGGAGCCGAAAGAUAUAACUGA